AUGCCAGGGACACUCUUGCCCCCGAGAUCACACCGGCAGCACGCAGAGAUGGAUCGAUCUUCUGCGUCCCGGCCCGACCUCUACUUGAUUACUGAUCAGGACAUCGUUUAUGAGCAAGACUUGCUACGCGACGCCACUAGUGUCAAACCAUGGCUUGCAUACAUCGAAUUCAAGCAGCAAAAUGGCACCCUCUACGAACAGGCCUUCGUCAUGGAGCGUGCCUGCAAGCAAUUGCCGCGAUCAUACAAGCUCUGGAAAAUGUAUCUUGAGUUCCGUACGAAUCACCUGAAGGGUCGCAAUCCCACGGUCUAUCGCGCCGAAUACCAGAAGGUCAAUGCCCUCUUCGAACGAGCUUUGAUUCUCCUCAACAAGAUGCCGCGCAUCUGGGAAAUGUAUCUUUCAUUCCUCCUCCAGCAGCCCUCAGUCACCCAGACUCGACGAACCUUUGAUCGAUCUUUGCGAGCCCUACCAGUCACACAGCACAACCGAAUCUGGAGGCUUUACAAGGGCUUCGCCCGAUCUGCUUCCGGACAGACUGCUGUCAAAAUCUUUGCGCGGUACAUGCAAAUCCACCCCGAGAACAUCGAGGAAUACAUCGAAUUGCUCGUUGAAAUGGGUGAAUACACAGAAGCCGUGAAGAAGUUCAUGGACGUUCUCGACAAUCCUCGGUUCCAAUCCAAGAAUGGCAAAAGUCCCUUCCAGCUGUGGACAGAGAUGGUUGACCUUCUCGUUUCGAAGGCGAAGAAGAUCCAGACUGGUCCUCAAUCCGGAAUUGAUGUCGAUGCUAUUCUCCGCAGUGGCAUUCAGCGCUUUGCAGACCAGCGGGGUAAGCUUUGGGCUGGCCUGGCGACAUACUGGAUCACUAAGGGCAACUUCGAGAAAGCGAGGGAUGUGUUUGAAGAGGGAAUUACUACCGUUAUGACUGUACGCGACUUCACCCUCAUCUUCGACUCCUACGUCGAGUUCGAAGAGUCCAUCAUUGGCAAUUUGAUGGACGGUGCGGCGACUCGGUCCGAAAAGGGCAAGGUCGACGAGGAGGCCGACUUCGACCUUGAUCUCCGCAUGUUGCGCUUCGAGCAAUUGAUGGAUCGCAGACCUUUCCUCGUCAAUGAUGUUCUUCUUCGACAGAACCCUCACAAUGUCAUUGAAUGGGAAAAGAGAGUGGCGCUUUGGGGAGACAAUAAGCAAGAAGCUGUUCAAACUUACACAGAUGCAAUCGCAGCUAUUGGCCCCAAGAAAGCCCACGGAAAGUUCUCCGAGCUCUGGAUCAAUUACGCCAAGCUUUACGAGAACGGCGGUGACCUGAACACUGCUAGAGUUAUCUUUGACAAGGCCGUCAAGGUUCCAUUCAAGGCUGUGGCAGAGUUGGCAGAGGUUUGGUGUGAAUGGGCUGAAAUGGAACUGCGCGCCGAAAACUUUGAAAAGGCAGUCAGUGUCAUGGCCAAGGCCACUCAGGCACCCAAGAAGUCAACUGUUGAUUACUUUGACGAGAGUCUCUCCCCACAACAACGAAUCCACAAGAGCUGGAAAUUGUGGAGCUUCUAUGUGGAUCUCGUUGAGAGUGUCUCCUCCCUGGAUGAGACCAAGGCAGUCUAUGAGCGAAUCUUCGAGCUUCGGAUCGCCACACCUCAAACUGUCGUCAAUUAUGCCAACCUCCUGGAAGAAAACAAAUAUUUUGAAGAGUCCUUCAAGGUCUACGAGCGAGGAUUGGAUCUUUUCACCUAUCCGGUUGCAUUCGAGCUCUGGAAUCUGUACUUGACCAAGGCCGUGGAUCGCAAGAUCGGCAUCGAGCGUCUCCGAGACUUGUUCGAGCAAGCCCUGGAAGAAUGUCCCCCGAAAUUCGCCAGGUCUCUAUACUUGAUGUACGGCAGCUUGGAAGAGGAGCGAGGUCUCGCCAGACACGCCAUGCGGAUCUACGAACGUGCCACUCGGGCUGUGUCCGACGAGGACCGAUUCGAAAUAUUCGAGUUCUACAUCACCAAGUCUGCUUCCAACUUCGGUCUUACAUCAACAAGACCGAUUUACGAGCGAGCCAUUGCCGCACUGCCCGACCAAGAGGCAAAGGAAAUGUGUCUCAAGUUCGCCGAAAUGGAACGACGACUCGGUGAAAUCGACCGUGCCCGUGCAAUCUAUGGCCACGGAUCUCAAUUCUGUGAUCCUCGGACGAGCGCUCACUUCUGGAAGAGGUGGGAUGACUUCGAAGUCAACCACGGAAACGAAGAUACAUUCGGUGCAAUGCUCACCACCAAGAGAACUACACAGGCUAAAUUCAACACCGAUGUCAACUUUAUCGCAUCCCAGGCCAUUGCUCGGGGCCAACAGGAACUCCAGGGAGAAGAUGGUGGCGACCAAGAAGGCGCCGAUGCCAUGGCUGAACUGGAGCGUCAAGCCCGGGCUCCCGUCGGCUUCGUUGCCGCUAGCAGCGGACCCGAGGGAGGCAACCGACCCCCUCCAGCCCAAGCACCAGCUCCCGCCGCCAACCCCGAUGCUAUCGACCUUGACAUGGACGAGGAUUAG